ACCCUGCACCCCUUCUUCCCGCCCUGCCCCAUGAACACCAAUGUCUGCGUGGAGCCCGGGCCGGGCCCGGAGGCGCCGGGCCUGCCCAAGGAGAGCCACCUGCCCGACGGGGCGCUCAACGGCCUUGUGGAUUACAACUCGGAGAUGGAGCGCUACCGCUCCUUCGCCAGCUCCUUCUACAAGAGCAACGGCGGCGCCUUCCCGCAGGCGGCCAAGAUCGCGCGCAUCACCACGCCCAUCUUCCCCGGCAGCGCCGCCGCCGCCGCCGCCGCCGCCCGCAUCGGCAUGGCCCCCUGGAGCUGCGACAACGCCGCCACCGCCGCCGCCGCCACCGCCAUGCUCUGGGGGGGCGGGGGAGGAGCCGGACCCGGAGGACCCGGAGGAGGGGCGGGAGGGGCGGCGGGAGGAGGAGCCGGAGCGGCGGCGGCGGCGGCGGCGGCGGCGGCAGGAGGCGGGGGAGGGGUCGCCGGCGGAGCCAGGAAAUCCACCGCCACCUCCACCUCCUCCUCCUCCUCCUCCUCCACCGCCGGCGCAUCCUCCGCCUCCUCCUCCUCCGCCUCCUCCACCGCCAGCUCCGCCGUCCACGGCGGCAGGACGGGCCUGCACCACCGCAACGACUCCCCCCGGCUGGGCAAAGCUGGCUGCCCGCCAGAGCCCGCCCUGCAGAUGGCCAACACCAAUUUCCUGUCCCCCCUGUCCCCCGACCACUGCAGACCUCUGGCGGGGGAGUGCAUGAACAAGCUCAAGUGCGGCGCCGCCGAAGCGGAGCUCAUGAACCUCCCCGAACGCGUGGGCACCUUCUCCGCCAUCCCGGCGCUGGGGGGCAUCUCCUUACCCCCGGGGGUCAUCGUCAUGACGGCCCUCCACUCCCCCGCCGCCGCCUCGGCGGCCGUCACGGACAGCGCGUUUCAGAUCGCCAACCUGGCGGACUGCCCGCAGAGCCACUCCUCCUCCUCCUCCUCCUCCUCCUCCUCCUCCUCCGCCGGGGGGGCCGGCGGGGCCAACCCGGCCAAGAAGAAGAGGAAACGGUGCGGGGUCUGCGUGCCCUGCAAAAGGCUCAUCAACUGCGGAGUCUGCAGCAGUUGCAGGAACCGCAAAACGGGACACCAGAUCUGCAAAUUUAGGAAAUGUGAAGAGCUUAAGAAAAAACCGGGCACUUCACUAGAGAGAACACCUGUUCCCAGCGCUGAAGCCUUCCGAUGGUUCUUUUAAGCAGUAGAGUAUCUUAUUUCCAAGGCAGUCGGAAGUGAAUGGCAAAUUAAAGUCUUGUUUUAAGAAACUGCUUAGUCAUCUACUGAAGAAAAUACUCAGAUACUAUUUUCAUUUUGUGUAUAGGAGUUUCCUCAAAAACGAAACAUAAAAUCUGGGAGCCUGGGGAAGUGGCCAGUCUAUUUACCUUCAGUACACUCACUCUUUCUUGGAUGUAAUUUAGCUAUCCUAGUGAAGUUGUUGUCUAUUUUUAAAGUGGCUGUAAAAAAAUUAAGUUUGGGUAAACUCCUGCUGUAAAAUCAUGUAUCUUCGCAAAGUAACAUAUCUAUACUUCAUUUUCAAAUAUAUGUGUUUCAGUACUGUAAACUGUACAGAUAGCAGCUUGUAUUUUGUGUGUUUAGACACAAGGAGACAAUCAGGUCUGAGCAUCUAGGGAGAUUAACAGUUUAUACACAACAGUGCAGUUCUGCCAGUUUAAUCAGGAGCAAUAAAUUCUAGCUUUAAAUAUUUUUUUUCCAGGUGUUCAGUGGCAACAGCAGCACUGUGUGCCCCACAUCCUUCCGUAGAGACUUGAUGCCAGGUUUUACAAGAUUAAAAGAUUAUGACGCAUCUAGCAAUUACCUUGGGUGGUAGUGCUGUAAGAGGGAAAGACAUUAUAAAAGUUUCAAUUAGUCUUUUUGAGCACUAUACUAGAGUAGCAGUUAUGCACUUGCAUUGCUUACAAAAGAGCUGUUAUUGAAGGUUAUGCCUCCAAAGUACUUGCCUUUGACUGCACUGUUAAGGUGGAGUUCUUGCAGUGGGACAUGCAGAAUCAGUCUGGUACAAUAUGUUUUUUUAGGAGAGUGGAGUACCAUAUCUUAGGAAAGAACUCCACAGCUGAUGAUAUUGGCCUUCCCAUCUGGGGCAGUGCUAUAGACCUUUUCAAGCAGGAAAAAAGAAAAUUUUAUCAAACAGUUCCGAUUGUCUUCACUUCACCUCAGUGGUGAGGUUUGGGACGGUUCCGUCUUUUAGGGUCCGCUAGCCCGGGUGCAUCUCGAUUAAGUGUGUCCAUUAUCUCCCUCACGUCUUUGUCAGUCCAUUCAGCCUCAGUGAAAUGCCCCACCCUCAUGUCUUUCUGGUCCCAACAACCCCUCACCCUCUCACUCCAGGGAACAGCCGUGGGCCCCAAGCAGAGCCUGCUCCAGCUCAACUGGCAGAGACAUUUUGUAAGCGGCUGAAGUGACUGACACUCCCUCGAAACUUACCAGGUCGCCCCACUACGGUCGGGCCUCAAUCUACCAGUCACGAAGGAGACAGCCAGGUCAUCGAGCUAGGCACCUGGGUAAAGAAAACAAGCUCAAUGCACGUUCCCGGCUUCUCUGUGUAGGGGGACGAUCACCCCUAGGAUUGGGUCAUCACUGAAGCGGCCAGGUCAUUGGAACCCCUCUGCCUGUCAUUUGCUUUUUUUCAAUCCAUAGAGCUGCCUUCACCACCUGGAAACAUGUUUCGAAACUGGGAGAGCGUCCACUCCUAAGGAGAGAAUUAGAAGAAUUUGGAGUCAGCAGAGUUGAUCCGGGGAGCAGGAGAGAGGCACAGGAGGCAUACAUGCCGGGGGAUGGUUUUUGUUAGUGUUUAACUGUCAGUUUGGAUUGGAAUGAAAAUGAUUGGGAGGUCCAAGGGAGAAGAAUCAGGCCUCGGUGAGGGGUAGGGGAGCCAAUGGUAUGAUGGGGCAUUGAAGCUUUAAGAUGCCAAUGUAGAAACCAUUCACAGUGUUCACCUCUCACAGGCCAUGAUACACGCCUAUGCUUCAGUGAGGAGAUGGCCCCUUUCGAAUUACCGUACCGUGCACCGGACCACUCCGUUUUUAGAAGAGACAGUGAAACAAUACACAGAAACGAAACAGAGCUUAGCAUUAAUUGAUUUGGUUCAUUUUAGAUUACUCUGGUUAGAACCUCUGUUUUACAGUGUGGGACCAAUGGGAGCCGUGGAAGUUCGUUGUUACCAAAAAUGCUCAUCAAUUAAAACUGAGUGAAGCGUUUUUGCACAGCUGGCUGGUAAGCUUGCCGGGCAUUUUGGAAAAUUGUGAUAGCUCUUACAGAAGUAAAACAAAAUUCAGUUCAGGCUACAUUAGGUGUACAAUGCCUUUCAAAGAUAUUCCUAGCAAUGUACUCACUGUCUAAAAUACCCUAAUGUUGCAUGUCUUGAUGUGGGGUUUUUUUGUUUGUUUGUUUUAAGGAACUGAUGGAAUUUGUAUAUUGUAAAUGUGAUGUUUUACAUGUCAAUUCAAAACUAUUAGAGAAAAAGAAGCCUGUUGAUUAUUAAAAUGAACAUAGGUAAACUUUAUUUGAUUCCUGCAUUAUUUGAUUCUGGAUAUUGUUCCUUUAUGUCAUAAGAUUUUUAUGUUUGGUAAACAAUAUUUAUGUAAUGUACGUGUAUAGAGCAUUCUGGUUAGUGAUGUUUGAAGAAAAGAUACCCCUUUUCUGACCUCCCUCCAUUUCUCUCCUGUACAUCACAUAUAAAUGUUUGAAAAAGCAAAUCAUUAAAAUGCUGAGUUUUAAUGACUAAAGUAUUGAUUUUCUCACAGCCCCUGGUUAGUUUUCAUUUACAAAGUACAAAAGCAAAUGCAGGCGUAGAGUUUGAUGUCUUCUAGGUGGGAACAAUAAAAACUCCCUAAAAUGAAUUGCAAAUAAAACCCCCACACAGAACAACUUUUAAACGUCCGGUGACACCUGAUUAAGGAGCAAUGCUGGCAGGAGACUUGUUUCCAAACACACCCACAUCCACCUAACUCAGUGCCAUCUUCCCGGAUGAGAGGGGAGGUUAGACUCCCAGCGUGCCUUGCAGAUUUUCUUGAUCUGGCUCAAGGGGAAAAUCACAAUGAGUAGUGAGCACACUGUUUUCUCUUUCCCAGGACCCAGCCUGGAUAUUCGCCACUGAUGGAUGCCAAAACCAUUACAUCUAUCCUGUGGUAACUGUGCCUCCCGCUGAACCACUUCCAGACCUCACUUCCUCUUGCUCUAGUCCACAGCCUCCAGCAUCCCUCGGGCAGAGCAAUACCAUCUAUCGGUGUUGGUCCCACAUGGGAGGAGGUUGACACUUCCCCUCGUUGAGCGGAUAAGGAAGGUUGACUCUCCUGCUCUUACAUGGGAGGAGGAAAGCACUUCCCCUACUUGAAAGGAUACAGAAGGUUGACUCCUCUGCUCUUACACACUCCUCCCCCUGCAUUUGGGAAGAGGAAAGGGCAGAAUAUGAAUUCAUAAUGUUCUAAUGAUGGUAUUUGCUAAGUGCUUACUCUGUGCCAAGCACUGCUCUAAGCAUCGGGGAAGAUAGAUAUAAGAUCAUCAAAUCAGACCACAGUCUUAUCAGUCACCCUGUCACACAUGGGGCUCAUAGACCAAGAGGGAGGAAGAACAGGUAAUUUAUCCCCAUUUCACAAAUGAGAAAACUGAGGCACCGAGAAAUUCAGUGACUUGCCCAAGGUUGCAUAGCAGGACAGUGAUGAAGCUGGGACUAGAACCCAGGACCCCAAAUCCCGUGCUCUUCCCAUUAGGCUGCAAGACCGUCUCUAAGAGAAAAAAACACUCCCUUCCGUUAUGAAUCCCUACCAUGUAAGUCACACAGUCAAUGCUAAAGCGUAUAAAAUCUUUAUACUAGCUCUAUCUGUAAUCAAAAAGAGGAAAAAAAGAAGGCAGUUAAAUGAACACACCAUUCAGGGUCGUAUACAGUCAGCAAAGCCGUAGUCGGUCUUUGAUCAUAGUUAGAUGCAUAGUGAUAUCAAGCAGUUGGUUCUCAUGUAACCGCUAAAUGUUUCAGAUUUUGUUUUCAUUAGGUUUGGCAGUCUCACACUGAGAUCUACUUAUUCCUAGUUAAUAAAAGACAGCUACUAAGUUAGGAAGGAUUCCAUUUUCACAACUGUAGGGAAGUUGGAGAUUUUUCAGAAACAUGGGCCACAAAAAUGUACUCCUUUCACAAUCUUCUCCUAUUUCUGAAAUGUGCAGUUAUCUAUUACAUUUUCUAAUAGAUAUUUGUGUAAGGUGUAUGUAUGCUUGUGCAAUUAUGAAAAAACAGUUUUGGAAAACAGUGUAUUUAUUUAAAAUAUCACUUAUGGGGCAUGUACCAAACUGUAAAAAAAAAAGAAAAAAAAACACAGUCAAUUUGCCCAGUAAAGUUGUUUUUGUGAAAUAUCCGUGUUGU